AUGACAGGCAACCGCUGUUAUAACUUCUUGACCAGCAGCACGGGCAUCAUCUGGAAGUUUGUUAGAAAUGCAGAACCCUGGGCCCCAGCCCAGACCGACUGGAUCAGAAUCUGCAUUUUGACAAGACCCCCCAGCCUGACAGGUGAGGUGGUCCAUACCUGUCCCACCAUCGGUAGCAACGUGGAGGAGAUCGUUCUGCAGAAGACCCACUUUUUAACGUGGGACAUAGGAGGGCAGGAGGCUCUGCGCUCCAGCUGGAACACGUACUAUUCCAACCCUGAGUUCCUCAUCCUUGUGAUUGACAGCACAGACCAGGACCGGCUGCUGACCACUCGGGAGGAGCUGUAUAAGAUGCUGGCCCAUGAGGCUCUUUGAGAUGCUUCAGUCCUGAUCUUUGCCAACAAGCAGGACAGGAAGGACUCCAUGAGCAUUGUGGAGGUCUCCCGAUUUCUUACUCUCAGUGCCAUCAAAGUCCACCUGUGGCACAUACAAAGCUGCUGUGCCCUCACUGGGGAAGGGUACAGUUCUAAGCACUGGAGAAAAAGCAGUGAAUGAAACAGACAGAAAUCCCUGCCCUUGUGGAUCUUACUUCGCACUGGGGGAGACAGACAAUAAACAAGAAAAAUAUAUAGCUGCCCGCCGGGCUCCAGUGGAUGCAAUCUUGGGCCACUGCUAACUGAUGUCCCAGUCUGAGGCCAACCAGAAACUUGGAGAGUUUUGCACGGACAACGUGGGUGGAAAGCCCAUGUAACUAUUUAUUACCUUUCUAUGGUUCUCUGGUGGAGACAGGGGCAGCCAUGUCCCCACAGUGAUUGUCUCCGUCUGCCCAACCCCUCACUGAGGAGCUGGACUACACACCCUGAAUUGCUGCAGACAGGACAGCAGAAAAGCUGCCCCUCACUCCAUGGCUGCAGAUAUCCUUCUCGGAGACACCAGAGAAGCUGUUGGAUAUGUUGGCAGAUUAGGAAGAGGGGUCCUCUCCCUCUCCUCAGCCCUCAGCCUCUCUGUAGGAAAAAUGUGUGGCAGGGCCGGGGGAUAAUAAGAGACCCCUGGAAUAGCUCUUCAUUUUCUAGAAAUCUCCGUCCCCCCACCCUCCCAUCUUUCUAGUCCCUCAGCAGAUUUUCGUUCCAUACCUUUUGGGCAAAGGAG